CACUGGCGUUCUGCUGUGCGGAGAAGUUUUGGGCAAUGAUAUCGAAGGUUGUGGUCUGCGCAAUGAUGGGGACCGCAAAUCGCUGGGCGAAAUGCCAGGUGCGGGGGCUCCCGGAUGCGUUAUCGUCGAACGGCGACGCGCCGACGUAGGCGCUAUCAACGAACAGCUGAAACGCGCUGUCCGCUGUCACCAACAACGUUGCGUUGGCGGGCGUUUUCCCAUCCGGGGCCACGAGCGUCUUACGGAAUCCCACGAAACCCGCGGACGCGUUGCCCGAGUUCCAGAUCCACGACGCUUGCCCGGUCAGGUUCUGCACCCCGAACGCCGGGGAAGGGAGGAGCGAGGUAUUUCCCCACGACCCGACGGUGUUCCACAGUCCCGCGACGCUGACGUUGGACCAUCCAAUCCCGCUGGUCAGCAAACCCACUUGAUCCGCAGACGGCAGCGGGAAACCGACGGGGUACGUCGAGGCCGACUGCGUGUUAUUCGGGCCCGCACCAAGCCAAGUUCCGUCCGUGCCGAAUACUUCGGUAGACCCGUCCGUGUAGCGGACUUGAACCGCCGCGAUGAGGCCUGCGGCGUUAUUCUUCGUAUUGAAGGGCCGGAAGGCGUUCACCCCCAUCACGCUGAUGAUGUUGUCCGACGCGUUGAGCGCGGCGCUGAACUGGAACGCCGUCUUCCAUCUCCCGUCGCCCGGAGGCGACGCGCCGACGGGCUGCCCGUUGCAC